UGCCCCUCCUCUUCCCCCCAGCAAGUAAACAGAAAAGAGCGAGGAAAGCGCUCGUGUCUUCCGCCGUUAACGGAGCUCGACGUGAGAAAUAAGCGAUGGGGCGUUAGCGACGGGCGUUAAUCCCCCCAUUCACCGAGUGUUUCUUUACGGUUUCGGUGCGCGCAGCUGACUGGUUCUGGUACGCGACGAUGAAGGGAGAGGCGGAAGUGAAGUCACUUGACAGAACCGUCCAUGUUAUUAUUGUUAUUUUGGUAGCCCUGUGAUGAGACGUGCUGGGGAGCCGUUCGCUCUCCGAGACAGCGAGCGCUCACGGUACCGCAGGCCGCUCCGGAGCCCACACCGCGCCUCGCUACCACCACCAUCACCGCCGCCGCUGCCGCCUCCUCGCUGACCCGGAGACAGGAGCCUCGCUGGCGGCUGGGGGGAGGAGGAGGAGGAGGAGGAGGAGGUUGUGAAGACCCAGCUUCAGCUCGGCUCCUACGCUCCCGAAAAUAAAACGGCGACGAAAUCGGCCGUAGAAGCGGCUCCACUGGUUCUGUCUGUAGCAGGAAGGUGCCGCCGCAGACAUGAACGGUAUCACCAAGAGCCGGUUCGAGGUGUUCUCAAACAGCGAUGAAGCACCAAUUAACAAGAAGCUCCCCAAAGAGCUUCUUCUCAGAAUAUUUUCCUAUUUAGACGUGGUUACACUCUGCAGAUGUGCACAGGUGUCAAAGGCGUGGAACGUCCUGGCUCUAGAUGGCAGCAACUGGCAGAAGAUCGACUUGUUCAACUUCCAGACUGACAUAGAAGGCCGGGUGGUAGAAAACAUUUCGAAGCGUUGUGGAGGUUUCCUGAGGCAGCUUAGCCUCAGGGGCUGCCUGAGCGUUGGAGAUGCUUCUAUGAAGACAUUUGCUCAGAACUGUAGAAACAUCGAAGUGCUGAACCUGAACGGCUGCACCAAGAUCACAGACAGCACCUGCCUCAGCCUCAGCAAGUUUUGCUCCAAGCUCAAACAGUUAGAUCUCACCUCCUGCGUCUCCGUCACCAACCACUCCCUCAAGGCCCUGAGCGACGGCUGCAGAAUGCUGGAGAUGUUGAAUCUGUCAUGGUGUGACCAGAUCACGCGUGACGGCAUUGAGGCCCUGGCUAGAGGUUGCACUGGUUUACGAGCACUUUUCCUCAGAGGCUGCACACAGCUGGACGACGGCGCACUGAAGAACCUACAGAAGCACUGCCCUGAACUGACCACCAUCAAUAUGCAGUCCUGCACACAAAUAACAGAUGAAGGCCUGGUCAGUUUGUGUCGGGGAUGCCACAAGUUGCAGAUCCUCUGCAUAUCUGGCUGCAGUAAUGUCACUGAUGCCUCUCUGACUGCACUGGGACUUAAUUGUCCUCAACUCAAAAUCCUUGAGGCUGCGCGAUGUUCACUUGUGACUGAUGUGGGGUUCACAGUUCUUGCAAGGAACUGUCAUGAGCUUGAAAAAAUGGACUUAGAGGAAUGUAUUCUGGUGACCGAUAACACCUUGGUUCAACUGUCAAUCCACUGCCCACGGCUGCAAGCAUUGUCCCUGUCCCACUGUGAGCUGAUUACCGAUGAUGGCAUCAGAGCUCUUAGCAACAGCACCUGUGGCCAGGAGCGCCUCACAGUGGUGGAGCUGGACAACUGUCCCCUCAUCACUGACGUGACCCUGGAGCACCUCAAGAGCUGCCACCGUCUGGAACGGAUUGAACUCUACGACUGCCAGCAAGUCACCAGGGCUGGCAUCAAACGCAUCAGGGCCCAGCUUCCGGAUAUCAAAGUGCACGCAUACUUUGCCCCAGUAACGCCUCCCCCCUCUGUGCAUGGAGGAGGCCAGCGUCUGUGCCGUUGCUGCAUCAUCCUCUGACAAUGGAGGGCCAGAGGGGGCCACCUCUGUCUACAG